UAAAUAACACACAAUUUAUUAUAUUUAUUUAAAUUUGCUACCAUCAAAUGAUAUCAUAUCAUGCUUUAAAUUCGUGCCAUGUAUUUUACGUGUGAGUUAACCAGCGUACUUUCAGUUUCAUUCGGUUAAACGUCAAGAACUUCAUAAUGUAAUCUAUUCCUGCUGGUUUCUGAUAACUAACCACAAUGUCCCAGGCUAGGGGCCUGCCACAGAGCAAGGAGGCUCUCCUCAAGUCCUACAAUAAGAAACUGAAGGAUGAUAUCCAGUCCAUGCUGGUCAAUUUUGAGGAGAUAAUCAAAUUAGCCAGGAUGGAUGAAGAUUCUCAGAUUUCCAAGUACACUCAGACUGAGGAAGACCAAUAUGAAAUGCAAGUCCGGGCAGCUAAUAUUGUGAGAGCAGGAGAAUCUCUGAUGAAGUUUGUCUCUGACCUCAAACAGUUCAUGAUCCUGAAUGACUUCCCCUCUGUGAACGACUCCAUCCUUAAGAACACCAAGAACUGUAAGUCUCAGCAGCAGGACCUGGACAACAAGCUCACUUCGCUCAGAGAUGAGAUGGCCAUGGACCUGUUUGAGCUUGAGGAUGAGUACUACUCGUCGGCCUACAAGUGAUUGCAGGACCAGCACUACUCAUCAGCCAAUAUUACAGGAACAGAACUCACUCAGGCUUCAUGUAAUCACUGUGUAGUGUCCAAUUGGAACUCUUAAUCAUCUUUCAUCACUUUAAACACUUACUUAAACAAUAAAAUAUUGUAAUGUU